GUGCCACUGCGUCUCGAUCUCCAUCGCUCAUGCCCCCCAUCGACUAGAGUCUUUCAUCUCUUUGCACCGAGCAGAAUUACGGAGCCAUUUUGAUGCGAUUCGCUUAGUCUUCUCUUGCUCCGCUUUUGUUGGGGGCGCAGUAAAAGAUUCUGAGCUAAAGGCGAAGUCUGAGCCUUUGGCAGUAGGGGAGGGAGAGAGAAAGAGAGGGGUAGGGGUUGGAGGACCCUUCGCUUUUCACUCCCUUCUCUCUCCUUCGCUUUCAUCGGAAGAAGAAGAGGAAUCCGAUGAUUUGUGGUUUCCCCGUUGACCGCCCUACUCGUUGGGGGCCGUGAAGGGAUUAUUUCUUCUCCGCUCAUGCUGCUCUCUGUGAAGGAAGUUUUUCUCUCGUUUGUUUGCCCCGAGGCUGGGCACUUAUUGGACAUGAUUUUAGAUAGUGAAGGAUAAAGAAGAAUAUGAUGGCAAUUGGUGAAGGAGUACGAGAGGAGAUGGAGAAGGAUUUUGAGACUAUGCUCCGGCUUCAGCACAAUCAUGGGCAGCAGGGGUCAGUUCAAAGGAGCAACAGUAUAACGUUCCGUGCACCGCAGGAGCAUUUCACGAUUGACGAUUUUGAACUCGGGAAGAUGUAUGGCGCAGGCUCCUACUCAAAGGUUGUGAGGGCAAAGAAGAACGAUACAGGAAAUGUUUAUGCUUUGAAAAUAAUGGACAAGAAAUUCAUUGCUAAAGAAAAUAAAAUAUCUUAUGUAAAGCUAGAGAGGAUUGUUCUUGAUCAGUUGGACCAUCCCGGUGUCAUCAGGCUAUAUUUUACUUUCCAAGACAGUUACUCUCUUUACAUGGCCCUUGAAUCUUGUGAGGGUGGUGAGUUGUUUGAUCAAAUAAUCAGGAAAGUUCGUCUUUCUGAGGACGAGGCUCGUUUUUAUGCAGCUGAAGUUGUUGAUGUUUUGGAAUAUAUACAUGGUGUUGGAUUAAUUCAUCGUGAUAUUAAGCCAGAAAACUUGCUACUCACCACAGAUGGACAUGUUAAGGUUGCUGAUUUUGGCAGUGUAAAGCCGACAAGGGCGAGCAAACUUACAGUCCUUCCUAAUACGACAUAUGAUAAGGCAUGCACUUUUGUGGGAACAGCUGCAUAUGUCCCUCCAGAAGUUCUCAAUUCUUGUCCAGCAAGCUUUGGAAAUGACCUAUGGGCACUUGGGUGUACCUUGUAUCAGAUGCUUACUGGAUCUUCUCCCUUUAAAGAUGCUAGUGAGUGGCUUAUCUUUCAGAGGAUUAUGGCUAGGGAUCUUAAGUUUCCUGACUACUUUUCGGAUGAAGCAAGAGAUCUAAUCGACAAGUUAUUGGACAUAGAACCCACGAAAAGACUUGGUGCUGGACCUCAAGGUUAUGCUGCCCUCAAGAUGCAUCCCUUCUUUAGGGGAAUUGAUUGGAAAAACAUAAGGAAGUCUGCUGCACCAAAGCUUGCUCCAGAAUCAACUGUGGUGGAGGAUGAUGAUCCCCAGGGUUCCACAUGGAACUUAUCACAUAUAGGUGAUGGCUGUGUGCCUCAGUUACCACCAGUUGAUGCAAGUUUUAACAGCGCUACAUCAUCUUCUGAGACACAAUCACAUAUAUCCAAACUUUCUAAGAUCGACUCAUUUGACUCCAAAUGGCAAGAGUUCCUGGAACCUGGGGAGAGCAUUGUUAUGAUCUCGAAGUUGAAGAAAUUGCAGAAACUCACCAACAAGAAGGUGCAGUUGAUCCUGACUGAUAAACCAAAGUUGGUAUGCGUGGAUCCUUCCAAGGUCAUGUCCAAGGGAAAUAUAAUUUGGUCCGGUAACUCUAGAGACAUGAGCAUCCAUGUGACGAGUUCCUCGCAUUUCAAGAUUUCAACUCCAAAGAAGGUCUUAUCAUUUGAGGAUGCGAAGCAGCAGGCAUGGCAGUGGAAGAUAGCCGUUGAGAGUUUUCAGAAUCACUGAAACAGAAAAACAGUGACUCGUUCAGAAAAAGAAAGGCCAAGUAUCUGCCAUUGGUAGUUAACCUGGCUGAAUGGAAGCUAAUUUCUUUGCUGAUCGAUCCCCUGAAAGUAUAACAAAUGCAAGUCUUGGUCUAAAAGCAGCCAUCAUCACGAAACGGCGGUUAUUUUAUCUUAUUUUUUUUAAUGUUUGGUAGAGAGAUUUUCCUUGAUCUGGUGAGUUUCUGUUUGUUUUGCAAUGGGAUGCCUCCAUAAUUUGAAGGGAAAAGAAAAUUAAAGACGUUUUUUUUUUGUUUUUGCUGAUCUUUUCUUGUUGGGCGCAGUCAAAUUGAUGGCUCAACAUGGAUCUAUAUUUGAAGUCCUUUUGUUACUUCCGUCAAAACUCUAAGCUAUGCAUUGUAUGUCUUCCAUUUGAUUUCGUUUUCAUGACUGCUGAAACUGCUAUUUUGA